AUGUUUUUUUAUUUCAUUUUCUCGUAUGCUCUAAUUCGGUUCUGUUUCGCGAAGGCCUUCCCGUUACGCGAAGGGUCUUCCCUUAAGUUUAGGAAAUUGGGUUGGUUGCUCCAGUCUGCUUUAAUUGGUGAGUGUCUUCCUUAAAAAUCUUCUAAAUCUGCUGGAGAUGGGAUUUACUCCGGUUCUACCUGCAAGCAAGGAGAAAUCGAAGUUUUUGAGAUUGCCACGGGUGUGCAUACCUUCUUUGGAAAAGCUGCUCAUCUAGUAGACAAUACAAAUCAAGUUGGCCAUUUUCAAAAGGUCUUGACUGUCAUAGGGAAUUUCUACAUAUGUUCUAUUGCAAUGGGGAUGUUGAUCGAGAUUAUUGUGAUGUACCUUAUUCAGCAUCGAUUCUACCGUACUGGAAUUGAUAAUCUUCUAGUACUACUUAUAGGUGGAAUUCCCAUUGCAAUGCCCACUGUCCUAUCCGUGACAAUGACAAUCGGUUUACAUCGUUUAUCUCAGCAGAGGGCAGUCACAAAAAGAAUGACCGCAAUAGAAGAGAUGGAGGACAUGGAUGUUCUUUGUAGUGAUAAAACUGGAACUUUGACACUGAACAAGUUAACAGUGGACAGAAACCUUAUUGAUGUAAUUUAUUGUUGGACAUGA